CCCGAUCCAGGGGUUAUGCGCUUCCCUUGAUGGAGGAGGGGAGGGGUUGAAGAGUUGAUAUGUCCACCAUCUUGAAAACUCGCUUAUACUGCUGAGCAAUUUUCCCGCCUGCCUGAAUAAGGUUGUUGGUCACUUCAGGAAUAAAAUUGACCGUUUAACCGAAUUUAAGAGACAGAUUCAAAACAACCUGAUGUAGGCAGGAUAACCCUGUAAUGGGCCAGGAGUUGAAAAAGCUUAUAGUUUUAUUUUCUUAAUUUUUUUUAAAUUAUUUUAACAGGACCCUGCUUUCUGUUGGACUUUGAUGGACUUAUCUAUUGCCUUCACCUGCCCAGUUCCGUGAGACUCCCCUAAUGCCGUCUCGCCACGGAGAAAAAUACUGACAUUUCACAGUAACAUGUUUGCAGUAUCAAGUAUGUUUUGGAAAUUCGACCUACAUUCAUCAUCUCACAUAGACACUCUUUUGGAAAGAGAUGAGGUGACGCUAAAGGAAUUGAUGGAUGAGGAGGAUAUAUUGCAAGAAUGCAAGGCCCAGAAUCGAAAGCUUGUGGAGUUUUUAUUAAAAGCUGAAUGCUUAGAAGACUUGGUGACUUUCAUAACUGAGGAACCACCCCAAGACAUGGAUGAGAAGAUAAGAUACAAGUAUCCUAAUUUGUCUUGUGAGCUGCUAACCUCUGAUGUGUCCCAGAUAAAUGACCGACUAGGAGAAGAUGAAGCUUUACUCAAGAGACUAUAUGCCUUUCUUUUGAAUGAUCCUCCAUUGAAUCCUUUGCUUGCCAGCUUCUUCAGCAAAGUGUUAAGCAUUUUAAUCAGCCGGAAACCAGAACAGAUUGUGGAAUUCUUAAAGAAAAAAGAUGACUUUGUCAACCUGAUCAUAAAACACAUAGGAACCUCUGCAAUUAUGGACUUGCUGCUACGACUUCUCACGUGUAUCGAGCCACCACAACUCAGACAAGAUGUCCUAAAUUGGUUAAAUGAAGAGAAGAUUAUUCAAAGGCUUGUAGAAAUUGUUCACCCGUCACAGGAUGAAGAUAGGCACUCAAAUGCUUCACAAUCACUUUGUGAGAUUAUACGUCUGAGCAGAGAUCAGAUGCUACAAGUACAAAACAGCUCCGAGCCAGAUCCACUGCUUGCCACUCUGGAAAAGAAAGAAAUUUUAGAGCAGCUUUUAUCAAAUAUAUUUUUGAAAGAGAAAAAUGAAUCUGCGAUAGUCAGUGCAAUACAGAUUUUGCUGACCUUAUUAGAAACAAGAAGACCGGCAUUUGAAGGGCAUAUAGACCUUUGUCCUCCUGGAGUGAACCAUUCUGCGUUUUCAGUCAAUAAAAAUGUAUUGGCAGCCAUUCAAGAGAGACUUCCAUCUUUUCACCAGCUCCUUCUGGACCCUCCAAAGACUGGUGUAAUGAAGACAACUUGGGGAAUUCUUGAUCCUCCUGUAGGGAAUACCAGGUUAAAUGUGAUAAGGCUAAUAGCGAGUCUACUCCAGACCAAUACACAUUCAAUCAACGAGGAGCUUAUUGAGCUGAACACAAUGGGAGUUAUACUGGACAUGUUUUUUAAAUACUCUUGGAACAAUUUUCUUCACACCCAAGUAGAAAUCUGCAUAGCAUUGAUUCUUGCUAGCCCUGGUGACUCUCCAGAGCACAGCACGAUUAGUGAGCAGAACUCCCCUGCAGACCAUGUUCUUUUAAAGCAUCUAUUCCUGAAAUGCCACUUAAUAGAUCGAAUACUUGAAGCUUGGGCUAUGAAUGAAAAAAGACAGUCUGAAGGAGGACAGAGGUACGGCUACAUGGGUCACUUAACACGAAUAGCAAACUGCAUUGUCCAUAGCAUAGAGAAAGGGCCAAACAGUGUUCUAGCCCACCAGCUUAUCAAAGAUUUGCCAACUGAUGCCCAGGAAAGAUGGGAAACAUUUUGCACAAGUUCACUGGGAGAAACAAACAAGAGAAACACAGUGGACCUGGUUACAACAAGACAUAUCCACUCCUCCAGCGAUGAUGAAAUUGAGUUUAAAGACCCUGGUUUCUCACAAGAUUCUGCCAUACAGCAGGCCUUUUCUGAUUAUCAGAUGCAACAAAUGACGUCCAAUUUUAUUGACCAGUUUGGCUUCAACGAUGAGAAGUUUGCUGACCAAGAUGACAUCGGGAACGUCUCCUUUGAUCGAGUGUCAGACAUCAACUUCUCCCUCAAUGCAAAUGAAAGUGCUAAUAUAGCUCUGUUUGAGGCCUGCUGCAAGGAGAGAAUACAACAGUUUGAUGAUGGUGGAUCAGAUGAGGAAGACAUCUGGGAAGAGAAAAAUAUUGCCUUCCCCCAAGAGACACAAAGGAGGUCAAGCUCAGGAAGCACAGACAGUGAAGAGAGCACAGAUUCUGAAGAGGAAGAAACUGUUAAACAGGGAUUAUUUGAGUCAAGCACAGUCAACCACGAAGACAAAAUGGAAGUCGAUGCUAAUGAAGCAAGCAACUGGACUGCAAAUUUUGACAUCCCAAUGGAAACUGCACACGUGGCAAACCUGGACUCUGUUGGUUCUGAUGUAUGGAGCACAGAAGAGCCCUUGUCUUCUAAAGAAAGUGGCUGGGCCUCUUUUUCUGAAUUCACAUCUCAAAUUAGUACAAAGGAGACAGUAAGAAGUAGCUCCCCUGUUGAAAUGGAAACAAGCACAGAGCCAGUGGAUCCUCUCAGUGUAAAUGCAUCAGCACAAACAGAAGUUACUGUUGCUAUGGAUGCAGUUUCUGAUGGGGAAGAGGAGGUGGAAAAUGCAGAUCAGAUGACAGAAACUGUGAUGAAUGGCAGCAUGAAGGAAACGCUCAGCCUUACCGUAGAUGCAAAAACAGAAACCGCUGUUUUUAAAAGUGAGGAAGGGAAACUGACUACCUCUCAUGAUUCAGCUUGUAAAUAUGGUGUAGUGGAAAACUUUGACACAGCAAUGGAAAAUCCUCCUCCUUCACAGCCCAGUGGUAGCAGUCAAGAACAGAGAACCUCUGAACAAAUUGCGGUAGACGGAGCUUCAGCAAAUGGGCCUGUAUGAUGUGAUACCUGUUGCUAAGUUGAAGACUGCUGACUGAUAUCCACAGGGGAUUUAAAUAGCGUACUUGAGGAUUUUGGGAAAAAGAAUGCCUGUCAAAGCCAGUCACUGCUGCACUAACUUUGCAAGGGAUCAGGACCAGCAACAUUUUUUUUUUUCCCUUUUUGAUUUUAAGGUGUUGUACAGUGUAAAAAAACAAAAACAAAAAAAACCAAUUGCACAUUGACAAAUAAGACUUUUUGUGUAUGUUUAUAUUGUAUUGUUCUAAAAACAACAAAAAAAAAGACAAACCUGGUGCCCUGUGAAAUAAGAACUCACCACUUCAGUUAAUAGUGAUACUAUGGUUAAAAUGGUUGUAAAAAUAGUUUUUAUACAGUGUGUACACAGAUCUAACCUAUUGAGCAUAACUAUUUGACAAUUAGUGUGACCAAAGUAUUUACCAGUUCUCAUACUGUCUUUUUCUUUUUCCACCUUGUACAAAUUUCCGUUUUCUUUCAGAGAAGCAGGUUAUGUUCACUUGGAUCUAUUCUAUGUACGUCUUUCAGUUAUCAGACGUGACUUCAACAUGGAUAUUCAGUUCACUGGGGCUCAUUUAUAAACACUGGUGGGCAUAUUUGCUCCUGGGCAGUAACCAAUCAGUGAUUAGCAUUUUCAGCCAGCUGCAGGUUGAACACUAAAAGCAACCAUUUGAUUGGUUGCUAUGGGUUGCUGCGUUGGUGCAGAUUUGCCCAGUGUUUAUCGAGCCCUGCCGUCUCAUUUCACUGCAAGCUUUUUUUUUUUAAACCUGGUAACUGGUGAAUUCUUUUCCCAUUCACAUCCAAAUGAUUUUAAAUAUUUAUUACAGGCCAUAAUGUUUUAUAGUGAGCCUUUUAAGCUACAUCUAGCCUUGGUGUGUACUCAAGUACCUGAUUUCAAAGGAUUCUAUUGGCACAGUAUUUUCCCGGCCCUUCCCCUCCCAUUUUUUUUUUUCCUUUUUAAAAUUUUGUAACUGUUUUUAGACAUCAAUUUAAUGCGUGCACUGUGUUUUUUUUCUUUAAACAGUGCAUGAAUUUUAUAUUUGUGUUAUUUUCAAGAUCAAAUUUAACUUGGCAUCGAUGCAUGUCCACUGUUUUUUUUUUUUUCCUAAUUUUGUUGGGUUUUUUUGUCUUUUUCCCUCUUCUGUUCGCAGCUGGUUUGUACAUAAGGUAGUGAUUCUGAAAACUAAUUUUACGUAAUUUAUGUUCUGUAUUCCUUUGCAAACCCAGUCUGCCUUCUGGAAGCAGGAAAAGCGGCAUUGCCACAAACUGGCGCAGAGGUUGUGCCCAACUCUCGCCCGUGUCCUUAUAGUAUAUGUGAAUCCAUUUUUGUUUGAUAGAUUUUUGUUUGAGGCCUCUCUCCUUGCCGGUAGCGAGAUGAACAAGAAGCUCUUAAACAGUGGCCAACGAUUUUAGACUCCCAUGCAACGUGCCUAAGCAUUACAUUGCAUACUAAAAUAAAAAUGAAAACUUGCUUUUGGCUUCCUUUACUGUAAAUGCCUUGUCCAUCCUGCGAUUGUCUCUUCGUUAUACCUUACAGGAUAUACAUUCUGUAGUGUUAAACGAGAUCUAAAGCCUAAAAUGAAGGUCUGAAAUACAGGAUAUUAUUUACUGAACUUCCUUUACCAGAAACGAGGGUCAGCACCCCAAUAGUGGUAAUUAUCAAGGUCUUUUAAAUUUGUCCACUGGGUUUUGUUAGGUUAUUGUUUGAGAGUCGGGCACUGCACAUGCUCAGUGUGCUCUGGGCAGCUGCUGAGAAGCUAAACUUAGGGGGAAAUGAGGCUUGUUUUGUUAUGAAAGCUGAUGCCACGGGGCUGAUUAUUAAUUUCCAUUGAAGAUGUGGAGCUACUGGGGCAUACAGAUCUUCUAAAGGACAGUUUUGGCCUUGGGCUGGGUAAGAAGUAGACAAUAAUGUCUAGUAUUUCUAGUUCUCCUUUUUUACUCUGAGUUAUCCAUUUCCCUUGCAGAUUAGUAAUCUGAAUUGUCCGUUCUGAUGCAUGCUGGGUCCUUUUGCCUUGAUAUGCGGCUGAACUGAUCACAAGCUCUGUAGUAGGUCUGUCCCAUGUAUCCACAUUUGUCAACCGGGCAGCC